CAUAGUUCAAACAAUUCACAUAAUAGUACAAACAAAUCACGUAAUAGUUCAAGCAAUGCACUAUCACACUAAUAGCUAACCAAUUUAUUCAAUUAACAACCUAACUAGCCUGACUGUCAAUUCCCCAACACACCUAACAAACUCACCAAUUAACUACCAAUUAAAAAUCUUUUACAUAAUAGUUCACUAACCUACUUGUUUUUCCAGAUGCACACACCAUAACUAACUAGUUCAGUUCCAUAACAUUAACUAAAACAUCCCAUAACAGUUCAAUAACCAAUUAACUACUAUUUGAUUCAAACUAACUUUCAAACUUUAACAAUUAACGAAUUGACCUUACUAACCUCCUAACUAAUUUUCCCUAAUUCAUUAACAUUCCAUUAGUAGUUCAAUAUAAGAUUAUUCAUUCUUUCUGACACUAUUAACCAAGUUGAUUCUCAUUUAACAACUAAACAUUCCUAACUAUUAAACUUCAAACUAAUCUAACUGUCAAACUAACAGAGUUAAUAUUCUAACUAACUUUGCACAUUAAAUUAGCUAAUUUCCAUCCAAACUAACACCUGACCUAACUCUUAACUUCCUUUUCCCUAAUUGCCCAAUUCAAUUACAAACUCAUUCCACUUAAAUCUCUAUAUAAGAUAAAAGUCAUCCGCAAUAACCUUCAACCACAUUCAUCAUCACUCAGAAUCUGCAAAUUCACUCUCAUCACCAUUGAUUAUCUACGCAUUUCUCUCUUAUCCCUCAUCAUACUCAAAGCUCCAAUUUCCAUUAUUGAGCAAACUUCACAUUGAAGUUUGCUUCAAUAGAACUUAGCCACACUCUCUACAUUCUCCUCACAUCACCAACAACAACAUUAUCCAUAUCCUACAGACUAGUUGGGGAGAAGAAGAAGAAAUUAUUGCAAAAAAGUUAAAUAGUUCGAAGUGGUACAUGGUUUUCUUCCUCUGGUCUUCUCUCUUCAUCUCCAUCUUCAAGAUUCUUCAAAGUUUCCCAGGGUGAACCUCGACCCUAUAGGGAAUCCAAAAGCUAUAGUCUUUGUUGAGCAUUCAAUAAGAAAAUGAAUUUUGGAAGAAAAAGUACCUAGAGUUACAAGUUUGUGGAACCUUAACUAAAGGCUUUGAGAGGAUUGGGAGCUCGUCUGAUUCUUGACAAAAGAGAUGAUUUCAAGAAGAACUAUGGUAACCUUCUAAGCAUCCUCAACACUGAAGUCAACGUGAUGUUUAUCCACAUCUGGUACAGUUCUAUGAUCAUCCAUUGAGAUGUUUCACAUUCCAGGACUACCAGUUGGAUCCUACUUUGGAGGAGUGCUCACACAUCUUGGGGGUUGGAAUUAAGGAUCAAGUUCUGCUCAAUGGCAUAAAAGAACUUCCUAAAUUUCACUAUAUAGCUAAAGCACUCCACUUGGAGAAGAAGUAGGUAGAGAUCAAUCUUAAGCCCAAAGGUGGUACUCAUGGUUUUACCAUGAAAUUUCUGAUAAACAAAGCUGCAACCUUUGUUGAUGAUGGAAGUUGGAACGCUUUCAAUGUUAUUCUUGCUUUGAUUAUAUAAGGUGCCAUGCCCAAUGCUCGUGAUCGGGUGCUGAAGCUAGCGAAUCAGGUCGGCGCUCCUGACCGGGUGCCCAAGAAGAAGAAGAAAACUGUGGCCCGUGUCUUGGAGACUGCUGGCGAUGCCGGGGCCGGUCCCUCGCAGGCGGCGAGCGUGAUUCCUUCCUCUCCUCCUCGAUCUAACCCGAUCGACAUUCCUGAUAGCAGUCCGUCGCCAGCGGCUUCUCCCCUCCAUAAACGGAAGCGUCCGGCUGGGCCUCUCACCAGGUCGUCUCUAGGAAGUCCGAAUGGACCGGGCAGCUAUCUUCUACCUCCCUGCUAUGUGGAACGGUCGUUCUUCAAGGCCGAGGAGUCGAUUGCUGUGCCUGCGCCUGAGGCCAAGGCUAUUCUGGACCAGGAUGCUGCUGCCCGGAGAAAAGAUCUGGCCAGGGAUAUUGCUGCUGUCAUCCGGGUGAUGGAGACGGCCAUGGUUUUGACCGACACUUCGGUCUCCACUGCCUCGCUGGAGGAUGCCCUUUUGCAGGUUCGGACGGAGAAGGAAAGACUAUCUAAAGAUCUGUCGGACUACAAAGAAGAGCAUCGGCUGCAGGAAGGGCUGAGCCAGAAGCUGGAGGAGGUGGAGAAGGAGAGGGACCAGUUGAAGGCUGCUAAGGCGAGCUUGGAAGAGCAGGUGGUCGACCAUCAGAAGCUGACCGAGGACAACGCUGGCCUACGGGCUCAGGUUGAGUCUCUCGAGGGAAAGGUCCGUCCUCUGGCAGAUGAGACCGAGGAGGAACGCGCCCUUGGUUCGCGCGGUGAGCUGCUAGGGCAUCUUCGGACUCUCAACCAAGAUCUCGUGGCCUGCUUCAAAGAGGGUUUCGACAAUGCUGUCGAGCAGCUCGGGCUUCUGAACCCUGAGUUGGUGACAGCAGGGUCGGCCUAUAACUGCUGCGUCCGGGAUGGUGAGAUUAUCUGCCCGUUUGAAGCGGAGGAGGAGCUGGGGGGAGAAGAAGAAGAAGAGGAUGAAGAGGUGCUCCGAGCGGAGUCUUAGUUUAUUUGUUUUUCUUUGAUUUUAGUUAUCAUGGCCUGCGUGCCUUAUGUAUUUUGGCCUUCGGGCGUUGUAAUAUGGCCUUCGGGCGUACUUGGCUUCGGCCACUCUUAUCGUUUUUAAUGUAUGAAUAUUUUCGUUAUCAUUCA